CACUGUUUUUUCUUUUCAGGAGACCAUGUCAUACCCCUGUUCAUCAGUCAAUGUAGAGAAUGUCGCUUCUGUAAGAGUCCAAAGACCAACCAGUGUGAUAAAGGAUGGGCCAAUCCUGGGCGUCACAAUGCGAUGGCACCGCUAGAAUCCAGGUUGACCUGUAAGGGGAAGAAGGUGCUGCAGUUUUUGGGGACCGGUACUUUCUCUGAGUACACUGUGGUUAACCAGGUGGCUGUGGCUAAGAUCGAUCCUGCUGCCCCUCUGGACAAAGUCUGUCUCAUUGGCUGUGGAAUCUGCACAGGAUAUGGAGCAGCUGUUAAUACUGCUAAGGUGGAACCAGGCUCCACAUGUGCUGUGUUCGGCCUGGGAGCCGUGGGGUUGGCUGCAGUCAUGGGCUGCAAGGCUGCAGGAGCCAAGAGGAUCAUUGCUGUUGACAUCAAUCCAGAGAAGGCUGAGAAGGCCAAGGUGUUCGGGGCGUCCGACUUCGUGAACCCCAAGGAUCACAGUAAACCCAUCAGCCAAGUUCUGUCUGAGAUGACUGACGGAGGAGUGGACUUCUCCCUGGAAUGUGUCGGGAGUGUGGCAGUCAUG